AUGAACCAUAAUAGUGUUUUAGGUGCUAUAGUUUUAUUAAACCUUCUAAAAUUUUUACAAGCUUAAUCGAUUAUUGAUUUCUGUCAAUAGUAUCUCCCUAAUAACUAAGGGUGCUCUAAAUGCUAAGAGGGUUAUAAUUUAUAGUAAUAGAUUACUCAGGACUAGAAUAUUUCGUAAUUGUAACCCCUAAAUUAUUGUGUUUCUUAAUGCCCAUAUCUAAGCUAUAGGCAGUCAACAUUUAGUGAUACUUUAGAUUAAUGUUAACCAACAUGCUUGUAUAAUGAGAUAGGAGAUGACUACACAAGAACUUGUAAGUAGAUAGAUGAAUGCCCUUAGUCAUCUGAAUUUGGUCAAUAAUUUCAUUUAGGAUAUGUUAGUUCUAUACUUUUGUUUCCAUAUGACCAACAAUAACCUGUAACAGAAGUAAUAACUUCCAGUUAAAACGAUACCCAAAUCCUUGUUUGGGAUAAUCAAAGCGGUGCACUUAAAGCAAAAUUAAUUGGACAUAGCUCAAAUAUCAUUCAAAUGUACUUUCUUCCAUCAUAAACAAACAGUCAGAUCAUGUUAUUAAGUUUUUCAUUUGGUGGUGAAAUUAUAAUAUGGGAUUACAUUAAAGGGUAAGUAAUUACAAAUAUGUUAAUUUAGUCAGGACUAUUAACUUAAAAUAGUGUUUUGAAUAUUUAAAUGUCUCUUAUCAUAUCUUAUGGAUAUUAAGGAGAUUUCUAUGUCAUAAACUAUGUAAAUCAGGAAAUUAAAGCAUACAUAGGACAUGAGAGUAUAGUUAAGUAAGUUAUUUUUGUAGAAAAUAACUAUUUUGUUUCUUUUGCAAACGAUUAGAAGGUCAUAUUGUGGAAUAUUAGCUUACCUGAUAACCCUUUAAUUUUAGUGAACUAAAAUGUUUUUUAAAUAAAUUCAUUUACAAUUUAAAACGAAGUAAAUUAAAUUUAGCAAUAAUUUCUCAUAUUGAUGGGAUAGACAAAUUUGUCCUCUCAAAUAUCAAUAAGCAUUUGCUAAUUGUCAGAUUAAUAUGGAAAUAUGAUUCAAAAUGUCAUAAAUCUAUAAAUAAUAAGUAAAGUUGAUAAUCAGUUUGAUUUGAUAAAUUAUAUAAUUGAUAGCUAGAAUAAUCUGAUAAUAACAUACUCUCAACAAGAAAUUUUUAUUUAUAAAAUAACAGUCAGUGAGAGUGGUUUUCUGGUAGAUUUAUCAGAAAAAGUUAAUAAUAUAGAAUAAAAUUAGAGUGUUCUGAUUCAAAAUUGUGUUUUAUUUUAAACAAAUUUUAUAAUAUUAACUAAUUAAAAGUAGUUGCUACUUUAUUAAUUUAUGGCUAAUAAUUAACCUAAUUAAAGCCACUUAUAAUAAGAAGCUAGUAAUAUCUUAAAUAUAGAAAGAUAGCAAAAUUUUAAUUAUUAAAUUGUUUUUGCUUUUUCAAUUUAUGAUUAAAUUCUUUAUGUUGGCUAAGACUAUCUUCUUUCUAUAAGCUAUAAUAAUAAAAAUACUAAAUAUUUAAUUAAUAACUGGCUUCCUCCAGUAUUAAGUCAUAAAUAAACUAAUAUUGGUUUGGCCUACUCUAAAGUUUCCUAAAUAAUAUGUGAUAUUUCGAAGGACGGGAAAUCAUUUGUUUAUGAUUUUCUUUCAAAAUAACUAUUAAGCGUGCUCGUACAUCCUCAAAAUACUCAAGUUCAAAUAAAUGUGCCUUUGAGAAUAACUAUUGUUAAAAACUUAAAUGUUUGCAUUUCAUAUGACAAUACUUCCAUAGUUUGUUUUGAUCCUAUUACUACAAAUGCAAAUUUUAUAUACACAAAUGGGAUUGAAAAUUAUAUCUCCCUUAGCUAAGAUCCAUAAUAAAAUUUUUUAAUUGCUGCUGGCAUAAAUAUUUACAGUUUUUAAGGUAAUUUAUUGUAUUCAAGCUCUCCUAAUGGAUAUUUUAUGAAAUUUAAUUACCCUGAUUUAACAGUUGACAAAGAAUUUGAUUACACAUCUAUUGCUCUUAAUCAAAAAAUAAUAGGCUGGAGUCUUGAUUUCAUAUAUUUUAAAGCAAGCGCUGCCAAUUUUGAUGGAGGCUUAAUUCUUAUUAUCAAAUAAGAUUUAUCAUUAAUAAAAUAAAUUUAGAACACUAUCCCAGCAACAUUAUGCGGUCUUCAAUACCCUUCAGUAUUAGCUUGUAUAAAUUAAGAAGGAAAAACUUAAGUAUGGUCCAUUUUUACUAGUUUUUAUAUUUCAGCUAUUGGACUUGAGUUUCCUGUCACUUAAGGAACAGCAUCUAUGUAUGGUCUGUCUAUAUUAUAAAUGAACUAAUAAGCAUUUGGAUCAGGAAUACUUGUGGUAGACAUGAAGCAGUUAACUUUUUCCCAAACAUUUUCUACAUCAAAAUAAAUUUAAACUAUCAGAAAUGAGGAUUUCAUGAUGAGAGUUUUUGCUUGCAUGUAAAGCGGAGAAAUACAAGAUUACCAUUAUACAUAUCAACCCACACAAUUAAUUAACUGGUAAAAUCAAAACGUAAAUGAUACCAUAAGCAAACUAAUUCUUUUUGAGGAAGAUUACAAGCUGAUUAUACUAAGUUCAAUUAUAACAAUUUAUGAUUACUUAAAUCUAAACAUUUAUAAAAAUUAACAAUUUCACAAUCAACAAAUAACGGGUGCUGUUAUCGAUAAAUUGAGGUAUGUUAUAGUUACUUUUAAUUAAGAUGUAAGUAAAAAUUUAUUUAUGUGGCAAUACAAAGUUGAUAACUAUCAAGAGUUAAUUGGUCACACUUAAGGUAUAAAUGGAGCUAUAUUAAUUAACGAUACUACAAACUUAAUAACAUACUCUAAUGAUGGACUAAUAAUAUUAUGGGAUUAUAUUAAAGUGGUGUGCUUAAAUAAAUUUAAUUUACAUAGCUCUUAAGCUGUAGUUAAUGCAUUUUACACUUAAAUAACAAAAGGGAGCAACAUUUUAAAUGUAAUUAUAUCAUAAGGAACAAAUCAAAUGGUAUAAAUUUUUGACUUUUAGAACAAGUAAACUAUUUCAUAAAUCUAACUUAAGAAUUAAAAUUGUUCAGUUGUAAUAGAUAUCAGUACAAAUAUUUUAUUUGCAUAUAAUUCGAAUGCAAUAUAUGCUUACAGCUAUAUUACUGGUUUGCAGAUUUCUACUUUACUUGGGUUUGAUGGAGCUAUAACUAAUUUUGUAUUUUAGGAAAAUUAUAUAAUAGCUACAGCAACCUUCGUUGUAUAAUCGUACGAUAGAAGCACCUUGAUGCUUCUUAAUUCGGAUAAAUAUUCCUAGAAAAUAUACCAAAUAGAUAUUCUAAAUGAUUUAGUAGGAAUGGUUAGUAAUUUAAUAAAUGAUAGCAUAUAACUUUGGAAUUAUAAAACAGGAAUAAUGCAAAAAGAUAUGGAUAACAAUUACUAUCCUUAUCCUGUAAAUGGUAUUAUAGCAGAUUAAGAUGCAAAGAUUUUUUUGGUUUGGAACAACUAAAAUUAAAUUUUUUCAUUUAAUCCUUUUUCAUACUCAUUAAAUAAAGUCGAAAAUUAUGUUAUCUUUCCUUUAUUUAAUUAACAUCUUAUUAAAAGCAUAGUUAUAGAUUUUUAAAGUAACAUUUUUUUUGCAUAUAAUGAUCAACAAAUUAUAAUAUAAAAAUACUACUCAUUCCUUGGAAUUAGUGGUCAAUAAACAGACAUGCCUUAAAACAACGUUAGUAAUUUGUCUUCAUAUAAUGCAGAAUUGGACAAAUUAAUUUACACCGACUUAGAGCAAAAUGUGUGGAUGAUGAGUUAAAAUAAUUUAAAGUUUGCUGGUAAACUUUCACUUAUACCAUAGUAGUCUAUAUAAAUUGGAAACGUUUUAGUGAUUAGAGAUAAAACUUCAAUAAAGAGUUUCAAUUAAAAUUUUAUAAUUAUCUCUCAAUUAGACUUAAUUAAUUCAUAGAAUAUAAUAUUUGAUUUACAUGAAACAGGCAAUAUUUUUAUUAUAGACGUAAAUCAGAAUAUAAUUUAAAUGGAAGUCAAUUAGCAAAGUUAUUAAAUAAACUUUGUUUUUAAGUAUUAUUUGAAUGGUAAACUAGAUGGAAAUAGUGCUAGCAGAAUUUACAAAUCUUUAAUAAAUUAACCUAAUAAGCACCUCAUAAUAUCUACUAUUUAAGGAUAAGUCAUGAUUAUAGAUUAUUAAAAUUAAUAAGUAAUAUCCAAUCUUUAUGACCAUACUUAAGUAGUCACAUGCAUUGAGUUUGAUAAUUAAUAUUAAAUACUCAUUACAGCUGCAAAUGAUGGACUUAUUAAGAUAUACUCAUACACAUAAUAAAAGUUAAAUUAAAUCGCUUCUUACACUUUAUUAUUUCUUUCGAAAAUAAGAAAUCCAUCUUCUUUAUAUGAUAUUCAAGAUGUUGUAUUUUUAACUUCCUAAUUAAUUCUAGUCAAUGCAAAAUCAAGCUUAAGCAUUUACUAGCUUAAUAUUAAUUCUCCUGCAAAUUUAGUAAAUUAGUUAGUUAUGAUAAACAGCGUUAUAUUUUAAUUUAAUUUUGACUAAACAAAUAACUAAAUAACCUUAAAAGGCAUCAAUAAUUACAACAGCUUUAACUAUUAAUUUACAUUAUAAUAACCUGAUAUAAAUGUACAAACCAGCACUUCAUAUAAAUGCUAUGUUUCUUUUAUAAAUUCAAAUGACUAUUUUACAUUAAGAACUAAUCUUGAAAAAGUAGAUCUUGCUAUAAAAUAAUUUAGCAACAAUUUUAAUGUUACUGAAGUACUUUACAAUUUAAUCUUCAGUCCUACAACAGCUAUAGCUAAUCCAUCAGUCAAUAUAUUUUUCCCAGAGUUUUAAUCAGUUUAUUAGUUUAAUUAUUAAAGGAGCUUUUUAUAUUAAAUGUAAAGUAUUUAAAGCACAAAAAACAUCGAAAGAAUAAAAGUGAAUAUCGAAACUGCUUUUAAGGAAUACUCAUUGAGCUUUCUAAAGCUUAAGAAUUAUUAGAUUUUAUAAAAUGAUUCUACUAAUUAAAAAACAGUAAACUUUAAUAACAAUACUAAAUAUUUCAUAUUCUAGGAUGGAUUAAUACAAAAUAAUAUAAAUCAACCAACUCUUUCUCCAGUUUACACUUUCCAAAAUAUAUCAGAAAUCAUAAUUGAUGAAUUGGUAAUAGAAAACUCCUACUUUUAAAGCUAGACUGGCAACUAAAAUUAAUAUAAUAGCUUGAUUAAUAUUACUAAUGCUUAAACUGUUAGUAUAACAAGUCUGACAAUUAAAAAUUGUAUAUUUGAGAAUUAGAAUUUAAUAAUGCUAACUAACGUUAAUUAAGUAAUCAUUAAUAAUUUGAUUAUUGAAGAAAUUAAUUUUAGAAGCACCUAACAAAACGAUCAAGCUAUUUAAUAUUUGUUUUAAUUCUAAAAUUGCAUAAAUGUUUAAAUUUUUAAUGUCACAAUAUCAAACAUUCGCUCUGAAGCACCUUUCACAAUAUUUAACAUGUUUGGAAAUCUAUAAUCAUCUUUAAAUGGAUUGUAUGCUAGUAACUUACAAGAUAAUUAAAUUUUAUUUUAUAGAUAAACAUACACACAAUAAUUUUAUGAAUUUAAAAUUACUCAAGAUUAAAUCAUGGUUUAAAACUUUUUAAUAGAGCAAAUUAAAAGUACGAAUUAAUCUCUAUUUGAUAUACAAAGUUUUAAUGUUACAGUAUUUAAUUUUUCAUCAUCUUUUGUUUAAUGCAAUGAUUGUAAUGGUGCAGUUGUUUAAGCUUAAGCAAGUAAUUUCUUAUUAGUAAAUUCAUCUUUUUCAAACAGCACAGCUUUUUAAGGGGGAGCUAUUUAUCUAAAGUAGUGUACUUAAAGUUGCUCUAUAAAUUCAUCUAAAUUUUAAGGUAACUCUGCUAUAAAUGGUGGGGCUUUAUAUCUUGAAUAUUCUUAAAUCUUGAUUUAUUCAAGUUUAAUAAUUUAUAACGAAGCUAUUAUUGGAGGCGGAAUAAGAUAUGUAGGGAUUGUGCCUUCCUAAUUUUAACAAGAUUAGCAAAGACUUUUAUAAAAAAGUAAUAACACUAUCUAGAAUAAUAAAGCCUAAGUUUUUGGAAAUAACAUAGGAUCUUAUCCUAGGAGUCUUAAUAUCAUAUUUAAAUAAUAGGAUUACACAGUUUAAAAUUAAGGUUUAUUAAGUGGAGAUUUCGGUUUUGUUUACACCAUAAAUAAUUUUAUGAGUGGAGCAAGUUUAUAAUGCUAAGUAUAGCUUAUAGAUGAAGAAGGAGAGUACAUUAAAAUUGAAAAAAAUAAUUUCCCUAAGAUAAUUUAAUAAGAAUUGAAUUCUUAUUAGAUAUAGAUUUAAGGAUAAAAUAACUAAAUUUAAUUGGUUUCUGAGUCAUUGAUUGGUUUAAAUAAAUAUGAUAUUACUUCUCAUUCUUUUGUAUUUGAUAAGCUUUUAAUUAACUCAAAACCUCUUACUAGUAACAUAAUUUAUAUUUUUGCUAAUAGCAUAUUGAUACCAUCGAGCAGUAAUUAAACUUAGCUGAUUACUCCAUAGAUUUAAGUUAAAAUUAAUAUGAAUUUUAGAAAGUGUGAAAUUGGAGAAAUUAUAAUUAAAAAUCAGGCUGGCUCUUUAGAAUAUUGCUAUCCAUGUCCUUUAGGUAUGUACUCACUUGUAGAUACUAUGCUAAAUUAAAAUUAAUUAAGCUGUAGCUCCUGUCCUGCAAAUGCUGUAAAGUGUUAAUAAAAUAAAAUGACUCUUAUGAAUGGGUAUUGGAGAGAAAGCAAUACAACAGAUUUAAUAAUAGAGUGCUCAAACUAACCACAAAACUGUAAAGGAGAAGAUCCAAAUAAUUUAAAUUAUUGCAGUGAAGGUUAUUUAGGACCUUUGUGUGAAACUUGUGACUUAUUUGGAACUUACUGGUAAACAAAAUAUUCAAGAGUUGCUAAAUAUGUAUGCAAAAAGUGUGAAGAAAUGAAAUCUGAAUAUGUUAUUCAAUUGUUUGCUUACUUUACUAUUAUGAUUUAUAUACUUUAUGGUGUUUAUUCUGCACAUAAAAUAUCUAUAAAAAGAGCAGUGGGUUAUUAUAUCCGCUUGAUGGGAGCAGCAAGUAUUGGAGUAAGUGAUUCUGAUGAUUAUACUAGUGUUUAUCUAAAAUUCAUUAUGCAUUAUUUGUAUAUUUCUUCAAUUAUCAAAAUUUAACAGUUUAAGUUUCCUGGGCUAAUAGACUUCUUUAGAAUUCAAAUUUCUUCUCCUAUAGACUCAAUGAGAUUUGUACCUGAUUGCUACUAUUAAUAAUUCAAUUUAGACUUAAAACCUGUCUUUUUAAGGUAGAUUAUAUCUUAAAUUCUUCCUAUACUCUAUCUUUCAGGAAUGGGAUUAAUUUAUUUGUUUUUAGUUAUCUCUAAAGUUACAAAAUUUAAGAAAAGUGUUAUAAUUUCAGGUCUUGUUUUUAUUUUUAUUUUCUUGCAACCAAAUGUGAACUCAAGCUUGAUAUCAGUAUCUUCUUGUAGAAGCAUAGGCACUUAAAUUUAUAUCACAGAUGAUAUUUCUGAAAAAUGCUUAACUGAAGAGCACAUAGUUUUUCUUCUUUCAUUUUGUCUUCCCUUUUUUAUUUUGUGGUCAAUCUUUAUUCCAACAAUUUUAUUAUAUAAAAUUUACAAAUAAAGAAAAUUCCUAAAUUCUGUAUUUAACCGAGUUAAAUAUGGUUUUUUAUACCAAGAAUAUAGACUUAAUUCGUGGUACUGGGAAUUUACUAAAAUAGGAGUUAAACUAUUAAUUACAUUUUUUGAUAAUUUCUUGAGUGAUCAUUUGAUACUAAAGUCUGUUUCAGCUAGCAUAAUAAUAAUCAUUUAUUUAUUAUUCUUGAUAAAGUUGUAGCCUUAUGUUUCUCUGCAGUUUAACAAAUUCGAUAAAGCAUCUCAUACAGUGUUAUUCGUUAUUAUGCAAAUUAGCAUCCUAAUUUAAGCAUCUCCUAUAGCUGUUAUAGUAGAUUUAGGAAUUAUUUCUUUCUAUAUAAUCCAUUUUACUUAUUUAUUAAUAUUAUUGUUAUAUGUACUAAAAUCUUAAAUAGAGUAUAUUUUUAUAAGGAUGUUUAAGUUAUUCCCUAGCUUAUAAGAAAAUUUGUCCUUUCUAAAGCGUUAUCUUAAAUUAUCUAAGAAGAAUAGUCUUGUUUUUAAAAGAUGGAGAUUUAUUUGGAACCACCUAUUUGUUACUAAAAGAAUUUUUUAAUUGAAUGGCGAAAAGAUCAAUACCUUAUAAAAUAGAAAAUCAAUAUUCUCAAAAUAAUUGAUCCACCCAACCUCUUAAAGAUCCAUAUUCAAUUCAAAUAACAAUAUAUUAUCUGAAGCUAAAAUUACAUAUGAUUCAGCAAGGCAUUUAUUCCAAAAUAAGCUAAGUAUAAUCAAAAAAGAAACAUGUGAUUAUAUGAAAGAUUCAAAAAAAAAUAAAGUGAAUAGAGAAAGCAUAAUUUUAGAUGUCGAGAAUUAUGAACUUAAAGAUUCACUAAACUUUCCAAGUUCAAACAACAACAUAAGAUCAAAAAGUAACAGCACAGGCUAAAAUUUAUUUUAGUAUAACUUUAAUGAAAUUAUAAAGACAUAGUUAUUUUUCUCUAAGAAUACAAAAUAAAAGACUGAAUCUACUAUAUAAUGA